AUGCAGGAGGUUGAGGCGAGUGUUACCACCAACGCGACUGCUUGGCAGAAAUCGAAAGACACCACGGAGCGGACACAAGCCAGGAGUCGAACCAUUUCGACGGAUAUCGGUGCUGCUCAUAACCGCACCCAGGUGGUGAAAAUGAUUAUCGCCGGCGAGAUGAUUACCCACUGCGCUGUUGGUUUCGUCAGUUGA